ACCACCCGGUCGAGAUGUUUGUGCCGAUGCUCCACUUUAAAGACGUGGGCUUCACGUUCGACAUUGCAACUGCUCGCGGAAAACCUGUGGUGCUCGAGAUGUGGGCGUAUCCGAACAAGGACGAGAGCGUGAAGGCGCUGUAUGAGGAGGUGAACGUCUGCACCAUCCCGGCAAUGUGCUGGACGGCAUCCCUAAGCUCUUAAGGACUUGCUUGCUUGCUUAGGUGAAGGCCAUGCUUGAGAAGCCGAAGAAGAUUGAGGAUAUUGUCAACCUCGACGGGUACGCGGCGGUCUUUAUCCCCGGCGGGCACGGGUGCAUGGUCAACCUGCCGGCAUGCCAGCCGCUCGGCAAGCUGCUGAACCAGGCGCACGCUCGGGCGCUUCCGACUGUGACGCUCUGCCACGGACCAUGCGCGCUCCUGGCGACGUGCGCCGAGACGAGCGGCGAGGCGCAGUGCACGUACGCGGGGUACAAGACGAUGUGCUUUACGGACAAGACGGACGCCUUCACGCCGUCUAUUGGCUACCUGCCCGGUCCGAUGCCGUGGAAGGUGGAGGAGUGCCUCGUGGCCAAGGGCGUGGAGGUGCUCAACAAGUCGGAGACCGGCGCGGUGACGCAGGACCGCGAGCUCAUCACCGGCGACAGCCCCGACGCGGCUCACAACCUCGGCGUGCUGGCGGCCCCGCUCUUGGUGCAGUACGCUACGGAGCACGGGCUGUAGAGGCGCCUGAGUGAGACGGUUCGUGUCCAUUUUA